CAGCCUAACACUCCUUCAGGUCUUCAUCGGACUGCGUGUAGGAGUGAAGGGAAGAUGGGUGAUGCUGCGUUGAGCAACGGGCUGACGGCCAAUGUGAAGAGCAUGUCACAGCAAAAUGGGGAUCUGGCCUUCUCUACUCUCACCAUGGACUCCACUUCCGAGUCACAGAGCGGACCCUCAGCUGAAGCACAGGACAGACCCAAACCAGAGCCAAAGGCCACACCGCUGAGGCCGCAGGUGGCCGCGGCGAGCGCCCUGACUCCGGCAGAGCAGCUGUGGACCACCAGCAGGGACCAGGCGGUCAGACUGAGGAUGGAGGCAUCGGGGCCUGCGGCGGACACCCCCAUCACCGUGCAUCAAAUGUUCCUGGAGACGGUGGAGAGCUUCGGGAGUCACCCAGCCUUGGCCCACAAGAAGGACGGCCAGUGGGUGACGCUGAGCUGGAGGCAGUACUACGAGCAGUGCCGAGCAGCCGCCAAGAGCUUUCUGAAGCUGGGCCUGGAGCGGUUCCAUGGCGUGGGGAUCCUGGGAUUCAACGCCCCCGAGUGGUUCAUCGCAGACAUGGGCUGCAUCUUCGCCGGGGGCCUGGCAACGGGAAUUUACACAACCAACUCACCUGCAGCUUGUCAGGACGUGGCUGCAAAAUCAGAAGCCAACAUCCUGGUUGUGGAGAACCACAAGCAGCUGGAGAAAAUUCUGCUGGUCAAAGAUGAGCUGCCACAUCUUAAAGCAAUCGUCCAAUAUAAAGGCGAGCUGCAGGAGAGGCUGCCAUCCCUCUAUACGUGGGCAGAGUUCAUGAAGCUGGGCGAGGAUAUCCCUGACAAAGACCUGGAUGAUUCCAUCAGUAGACUUCGAGCUAACGAAUGCUGUACCCUCAUCUAUACGUCAGGAUCCACUGGACCCCCGAAAGGCGUCAUGCUGAGCCACGACAAUCUCACAUGGACGGCCCAAACAGCAGGAAUCGUAGUCGACCUGCAAUACGCUGAGGAGUCUGUGGUCAGUUAUUUACCGCUCAGCCACGUGGCAGCACAAGUCAACGACAUGUACAUAACCAUGAGGUUUGGUGCCACCACCUACUUCGCAGAACCGGACGCCCUCAAGGGAUCAUUGGUAACAACGUUAAAAGAGGUGUCUCCGACCACGUUCCUUGGAGUUCCUCGCGUCUGGGAGAAGAUGGAGGAGAAAAUGAAGGCUGCCGGAGCCAAGGUGUCCCCACUAAAGAAGAGAGCAGCCGACUGGGCCAAGUCCAUCGGAUUGCAGUACAACUACAGUGCCAUGCACGGGGAGAAUCGUGUUCCAUGGGGCUUCACGCUGGCUAACCAAGUGGUCUUCAAGAAGGUGCAAGCCGCCUUGGGCCUCCAGCGCUGCAGGACUUUGUUUACAGGCUCGGCCCCCAUCUCCAAAGAGACACUGGAGUUUUUCAUGAGCCUAAACAUGCCUUUGAUGGAACUGUACGGCAUGAGCGAAAGCAGCGGUCCUCACACCGUCUCCACAAAUGCAGACUACCAGAUCAGCAGCUGUGGGAAGGUAAUGCCAGGCUGCAAGGUCAAGCUAGACAAUCAAGACAGCAAAGGAAACGGAGAGAUCUGCUUCUGGGGCAGGAACAUCUACAUGGGCUACCUGAACAUGCCUGACAAAACAGCAGAGGCCCUGGACCAAGACGGAUGGCUGCACUCUGGUGACGUGGGAAAGUUUGAGCGAAACUUCCUGUUCAUCACAGGAAGGAUAAAAGAGAUCAUCAUCACUGCAGGAGGCGAGAACGUGGCGCCCGUGCCAAUCGAGAACUUGGUGAAGGCUGAGACGAGCAUCAUCAGCAACGUCAUGCUGAUUGGCGACAGGCGCAAGUUCCUCUCCAUGCUGCUCACGCUCAAAUGCGUCGUGAAUGAAAACAGCGAACCGACGGACCAGCUGACCGACGAGGCCAUACGUUUCUGCCAGGGGAUUGGCGUGAGUGCCACCAGGGUGUCAGAGAUCGUUGACAACAAGGAGCCAGCCGUCUACAGGGCCAUCCAGGAGGGCAUGGAGCGUGUCAACGCCAAGGCCAUAUCCAACGCCCAGAAGGUCCAAAAGUUUGUCAUCCUGGCAAAAGAUUUCUCCAUCUCUGGAGGGGAGCUCGGGCCCACCAUGAAGCUGAGGAGGCCCAUUGUUGUCAACAUGUACCUGGACAAAAUCGAUGAGAUGUACGCUGAGGAGAAAAAAUAAAGCACCGAUGAAGAACUCAGUGUGCGAUAUGACGAAAUGCACAACUUUGUAGCUAAAAACAAAAAGCUGCUCUUAAUUUUUGUUUUUCUUCGGGAACAUUAUUUAAGCUUGCCUUGAAAACAUUUACUAUGCACUUUUUGUAAAUAAAACCAGCCAAUCAUGGCCAAAGUGCACCACUAAGGCAGGCCACGUUAGGCAGGUUCACUUGUCAGUUUAUGAAGAACACCCUGAUAGUAAUGUCAAAUAAGUCAGCUCAGCAUAUAUAUGAUAAAUGUAGUGAAAAUGCAAUAAAGGAUUUACUUCCUUUGACAAGUUUUAUAUUGGGAUGCUUCAUAAAUUGGCUGGUGAGAGACUGUAUUUUGAAUAAUGAUGUUGCUAUAUGUAAUUAACCUGGGUUGUUUUUUUUUUACUGGGUCCCCAAUUGUCAGAAUAAAAUGUUGUAAGCUGUUUUAAUCAUCACCAAGCAGGUGCGCAAUUUCCUAGCAAAUAUCUUUCAAAUUCAUGUGUAUUGUGUUCUUUAUUAUUAUUGUUAUUUUACAUGUACAGUAAAUGUCAUAGUUAUGGCAGUUAAUGCAGUUUGGGAAACCCUGCAUCUUUAAUGAUCAGCAAAUUCCAAAUUUUUUUCCUCUGUAAGGACUCCCUAUGGAGGAUUAUUAUAAAUGUCUAUUUUUGUGAUAAAUAUAUUGCAUCUAAAUGAGUGUUGCCAAUCUGA